AUAUUUUUAUAAUUAGGUGUAAAUAAUGUAUAAAAAAGUCUCUUCACUUCCUAUUAAAUCAAGUGCAUCAUUGCUUUAUAAUAAUUUUGAUGUGGUAAAGGCAUCAGAAAAUAACGAUCACUUGUUUGCUGUGGUACACAAAUCUAUUGUUUGGGUGUUUGACCCUUCCCAGAGUAAAGAUGAAAAAGGUUUUACCAACACACUGUGUCGAAAAGUUAUUUGUAAAGGUGAAAGUAUGCAUGACAGUGCAAUUAUUUUGCAGGCCAAGUGGUGUGUAUUAGCAACAAGAACUUUAUUAGUUAUUGCAUCUGUUAAAGGAGUGCAGAUGUUUGAAGCUGAUGGCUCAAUUAUGUUAUUUUGGCAGGCUCUAGGAACUCAUCGCAUUUAUGGUCAUGCUCAGUAUGCAAGAGGUGUGACAGCUGUUGGAGAAAAACAUAUCUGUAUAGGUGUUGCUGAUGGUUCUAUACUUGUAUUUGAUAUUCCUAAUAAAGGAACUACUGUAAAACUUCACGAAACACUUUUAGAACAUCGUACUAGUAUAACUGACCUUCAUUCGCAUAGUAGUUCUGGUAACAUGAUAUCUGGCGAUGAAGAGGGAAACAUUAUAGUAUGGAAAGCUGGUGGACAUUUUACAAAAUUAAUUGAAAUAAUGGGAUUUGGGUUUCCUUGUUCAAGUAUUCGUUUAUGGAAAACUAUGGUUAUUGGUGGAUAUGGCAGUGGUCAUAUUCGUAUUUUUAAUGCUGUAACAGGCAAAAUUAUAGCUGAAAUAACUGCUCAUGCCAAAUGGAUUAAUGCUAUUGAUGUAGCUGAGGAUAGUGGAUUACUUUUAAGUUCUUCUGAAGAUAGUUUUAUCAGGGUUUGGGAUUUGAAUAAGAUGGUGCAAAUUGAUCAAAUUUUAGUGGAGAAUUCACAGAUUACUGGUGCUCGUUUUAUAGAUAAUUCUGGAGAUACUUUUGGAUUAACAGCUUUUGAUUCUAACCAAGUAUUAAUUUAUAGUGUGUAGUGAUUGAAUGAAUGUAUGAUGAUUAAAUUUUUAAUUUAUUUGUAAAUAGGAGAAUAUGAAAAUAAAAAAAAAACUUCAAAUUAUAUAUAUUACAAUUUAUUUAUUGUUGAAUAUAUUAUAAUUUAUUUGCAGUUGCUAAUAUGAUGCAAUAUACUUAAUAUAUUAAAAUUUGAAUUUUAUUGUAACUUGUUUUUUGUAGAUUAUAUUUAUUGCAAAUA